CUGAUAACGAUGGCGAGUGCAUGGAAACCGUAAUGCAUCCAGGCCUACGAAACUCUGCGUUAUCAAAUCGUGUACAAGAGAGCGAGGAGAGCACAAAUGCCUAUUGGCUACAGAAGGGUAAAGAAUUUGUGCGCAAACAAGCAGCAGCGAAGUUUAACAAGCGCGUAGCCAAGAAUGUCAUACUAUUUCUGGGCGAUGGCAUGGGCGUGAACACGUUUACGGCAGCGCGCAAUCUGCUGGGUGGCGAAGAGAAGCAGCUUUCCUUUGAGAAGUUCCCGCACACCGGCUUUUCGAAGACCUACUCGGUCAACACGAUGGUGCCCGACUCUGCUUCCACAUCUACCGCGUACUUGUGUGGCGUGAAAGGCAAUCACGGCACAAUCGGCGUCAACGGACGUGUGGAACGUGCCGACUGUGAAGGUAUGCGCAAUUCCAGCAAUCACGUACAUUCGAUAGCGAAAUGGGCUUUGGACGCUGGCAAAUCGGCUGGUCUUGUGACCACCACACGCGUAACGCACGCGUCACCAGCGGGUAUGUAUGCGCAUGUCGCAGAUCGUGAGUGGGAGAAUGACGCUGUGCUAGCGACAGAUUGCGGUCGGGAUUCAGAACUGCCCGAUAUAGCGCAACAGCUCGUACAUGGCGAGGUCGGCAAGCAGCUUAAAGUGAUAUUCGGCGGUGGGAAGCGUGAGUUUAUCGACUCUUCAAUUUAUAAGAAGGGCAAUCGACAGGAUGGACGUAAUUUGAUUGAGGAAUAUCAACAGCAGUCGACGCGUAAUGCCUACGUGGAGACAUUUGAAGAAUUAGACGAUUUGGAUUUGAGUGUUUACGAUCGAGUCUUGGGUUUAUUCCACAAGUCACAUUUGGAUUACUAUUUGGACGCGGAUGAAACACAACCGACACUGAAAGAGAUGACUGUGCGCGCAAUUGAAAUGCUACAAAAAGAUGAAAACGGAUUCUUUCUCUUUGUGGAGGGCGGACGUAUUGAUACAGCGCAUCACAAAAAUUUGGCGGAAUAUGCAUUAGCCGAGACUGUAGAAUUCUCAAAAGCCAUUGAAGCAGCACGUGAGAUGACAUCGGAAGAAGAUACGCUCAUUGUAGUGACGGCAGAUCAUUCGCAUGCUUUCACAAAUGCCGGCUAUCAGAAUCGUGGUAGCGAUAUUUUCGAUGUCACACCAACCAAAGCCGAUGAUGACAAGUCGUACUUGGCGUUGAGUUACGCAAAUGGACCCGGUUUCGAAGAAUAUUACAACACUAAAAAGUAUAAGCGUCGCAAUCCUGAGAAAGUUCGCGAGACAACCUAUACAUUUCCGGCCACAGUUCCCUUGGAGAGUGCAACACAUGGCGGUGAAGAUGUAGCGGUAUUUGCUUCAGGGCCUUGGUCUCAUCUCUUCACCGGCGUGUAUGAACAAAAUACCGUACCACAUUCGAUGGCGUAUGCGGCGUGCUUGGGGGAUGGUCUGAAAGCCUGCUGACGGAAUGUGAUUGGAUAA